AAAGGAACAAUAACACAAGAACUUCUCCCAAACCCUAGCGCGUUCUCUCUUUUUCUGUAAUCUAGGGUUUAUUCUAUCUAGUUCGAUCGACCCCUCAACCUCCUAAUCUUCAGCAUAUCAGUUCGUGGUUUGUCACCGUUUUUGAGUCAUGGCCCUGAUCUUGCAUGCAGGGAGCAACAAUAAAAAUGCUUUCAAGCCGCUGAUUGCAGCGGAGUACACUGGUGUGGAAGUCAAACUCGUCGAGUCUUUUGAGAUGGGGGUUUCUAAUAAGACUCCUGAAUUUCUUAAGAUGAACCCAAUGGGCAAGGUUCCCGUGUUGGAAACACCUAAAGGUCCCAUAUUCGAGAGCAAUGCUAUUGCACGUUACGUUGCUCGUUUGAAGGGAGAUAACAUUCUCUAUGGCUCUUCACUGUUUGAAUAUGCCCUCAUAGAGCAAUGGAUCGAUUUUGCAUCUCUUGAGAUUGAUACUCACACUAGUCGGUGGUUCUACCCUAGAUUGGGUUUCAUGGUCUACCUUCCCCUGGUUGAGGAAGCUGCCAUUGCUGCUCUUAAGAGGGCUUUGGGUGCUUUAAAUACUCAUCUUGCAUUGAAUACAUAUUUGGUUGGGCAUUCUGUUACGCUUGCUGAUAUCGUCAUGACUUGCAACUUGUGCAUGGGGUUCUGUUGCAUAAUGAUCAAGAGUUUCACAUCUGAAUUCCCUCAUGUUGAGAGAUACUUUUGGACCAUGGUGAACCAACCCAACUUUCGCAAAGUAAUAGGUGAGGUCAAGCAGGCAGAGACUGUGGUUCCUGUUCAAUCUGGAAAGAAACCUGCUCAGCCCAAAGAAACAAAGCCAAAGGCCAAAGAGGAGUCCAAAAAAGAGACAAAGAAAGAGGCUCCCAAACUUAAAGUACAGGAGCCUGCUGAUGAGGAAGAAGAGGCACCAAAGCCAAAGCCAAAGAAUCCUCUUGAUCUGUUGCCUCCUAGCAAAAUGGUGCUGGAUGAUUGGAAGAGGCUAUACUCCAACACCAAGACUAACUUCCGCGAGGUGGCUAUUAAAGGUUUCUGGGAUAUGUAUGACCCCGAGGGCUACUCUCUUUGGUUCUGUGAUUAUAAGUACAACGACGAAAAUACCGUCUCCUAUGUCACCCUUAACAAGGUUGCGGGGUUCCUUCAACGAAUGGAUCUUGCCCGCAAGUAUGCGUUUGGCAAGGUGCUGAUUAUUGGGUCUGAACCACCAUACAAGCUUAAGGGCGUUUGGCUUUUCCGUGGUCAAGAAAUUCCACAGUUUGUCUUGGACGAGUGCUACGAUAUGGAGCUAUACGAGUGGACAAAGGUUGACAUAAAUGAUGAGACCCAAAAGGAGCGUGUUAAUGCCAUGAUUGAGGAUCAAGAACCCUUCGAGGGAGAAGCACUUUUGGAUGCCAAGUGCUUCAAGUGAGGUGUGUUGGCCCAUAUAGACCUUUGACGAAAAGGUAUGCUAUUUAAUUUUAGGACAUGUCUUUGAUUUCUUAGGAUUCUCUAUUUGAGUUUUGUCAUGAUAUGUACCGAAGCCUAGCUCAUAAGACUCCAUUCACGACUGAUUGUCAGCUUCUUGAUGAUUUUUGGAUGCCAAGUGCUUCAAGUGAGGUGUGUUGGGCCUUAGACCUUUGACGAAAGGGUAUGCUAUUUAAUUUUAGGACAUGUCUUUGAUUUGUUAGAAUUCUCUAUUUAAGUUGAGUUUUGUAUUAAAGCGAAUUCUCUAUCUAAGUUGAGUUUUGUAUCGAAGCGAAUUCUCUAUUUAAGUUGAGUUUUGCAUAGAAGCCUACUAGCUCGUAAGACUCCAUUCGUGACUCCGAUGAUUGUCAGCUUCUAGAUGAUUUAAUUUUAGGACAUGUCUUUGAUUUAGAAUUCUAUAUUGAAGUUGAGUUUUGUAUCGAAGCGUAGCUCAUAAGACUCCA